GACAAGUAUAAGCGGUACCUGCAGUCUUGUUACAAUGCUAGAGCCCUAGCUCCAGCAGACAAGUACCUUCCCACCCUAGAUUCUCCCUACAUUAAUCUUGCCAUGAUUAGAAGGGGGCGCUACAAUCCUGAGCAAAGAGAUGAGUUUACCAGGAGAACGCUGCAUGGAGGAGUAGACCAGAUUCUUCAGAGCAAGGCACCUAUCAACAUUGAAGACCUGCUGACUCCAGAACACAGUGGUAGGCCAGUCAGGUUCGUUCUGGUAGAAGGUCCUCCAGGAAUUGGUAAGAGUACCUUUGCCUGGGAGGCAUGUAGGAGAUGGGAUGAGAUAGAAAGCCUCAGAGACUACCACACUGUGGUGCUGCUCAAGUUGAGGGAAAAGUGGGUCUUAAAUGCAGCAUCACUUCCUGAUCUCUUUAGAUACCCGUUUAAACAAGAAUUCAGUGAGAAUAUUGCUCAAGAACUGCAUCACUCCCAGGGGUGUAACCUUUUACUUGUUUUAGAUGGUUUUGACGAAGUCUCUCACAGUUUCCGUGAGAACUCUGUCAUAAAAAGCAUUCUAUGCAGGCAACUCUUGCCAGAAUGUACCAUCAUUCUCACUACUGACCAGUGGCCAAUCCACUAG